AUGCUGCUCGGCUACAGAGACUCGCUACAUAGUUCACGCAACCGGAGGAAGCGAGCGAGGCGUCCAAGUCCUGCUCUCCACCCACACCUCCUGACCGCGCAGAGUACUGAGGAGGGGCAGUCAGGUGCUGGACAGUUACAGAGAUUCAUCUACGCGUCACGACCACACCCAACUCGCUCGACGAACCACGCUGUUGCGCCAACACCGUCUCACUCUCUCACCAGCUCGCCAGCUCCACCCUGGCACGCUCACCCACUCCCUAUCGUCCUGCUGGAGCGCCUGCACGCGGUGCCGACUGCUUCUACUGACUCGCUUCUGCUGCUGCACGACCCGCCCGACUCGCCCACCCUGGAGACGCACGCCCAACCCGCUCCUCCGCCGCGAGGUCCCACGAUCAAGCUGAAGUUUGGCGGAUCCUCGGCGCCCGUGACGGCCGCGCCCGUCGCCGCACCAGCACCACCAGUCCUUGCACCGCCGGCACUCGCACCCGCACCGCCCGUCUUUGCCGCCUCGCCCAACACGGCCGGAGGGUAUGCGGGGCUGACGACGCAUGGAGGGCAGGGGAACGCGGUCGCGAGCGGGUCGAGGGGCGUCAGUGCGGUCACCGAGGACGAGGAGGAUGAGGACCGAGUCUCGGCGAGCAAGUAUCGCAAGCUGAAGAAGCUGUACUUUGCGGCCGUCGAGAGCCGCGACGAUGCUUCCCUCGCGCUGCACCGGGCGCAGAAGCUCAUCCACCGCCUUCGCGAGGACAAGUCAGCCCUCCUCGACCGCGUCAUCGAGCUCGAGAUGGCUGCCGGCCUGACGUCCCAAGACGUGUCGAUCAUGCGCGACGAGUCGUACAGGACGGAACACGAGCGCGCCUACCCGCUCCUCCAUCCCCCUUCCCUCCCCUCUCUCGAAGACCGUCCUCGCAAAUUGCCCGUCCUCACGACCAAUACCGACAUGUCCGGCGACGACUACAACAGACCUCUCGGUCCGGCUACUCUCCCCAAGACCCUCCCUCCCCGCCAGCGAUCGCAACACCUCCGUACCGCCGUUGCCGCCCAGAGGCUGCGCGACGAGUACAACGCCCAGCGCAUUGCGCACGGCUUGCCUCGACCGACGUUCCCGGCUGUCGCUGUACUCGGACUGCAGGGUUCGACAAUUGCGGCGAAUGUCGAGCGGGCGCUGUCAGGCGAGACGCUCGAGGUGGUCAGCGAUGGACCGAGGGGCGGAAAGCGGCGGCGGGACGACUCGCAGGGAGCUGGAGGGAGGAGGUCAGCUCGUCCGAGUACGGGAGCAGAACCAGCAGUUCCGGCUUUCGACCUCCCAAACCCGUUCGCCUCGAUCGGCGCGGCCGUCCCCGUCGGCGCUUCCAUGGCGCGCAACAACGCUGAAGCUCUCGCCGCCGCCACUGCAGCAGAAGCGCCUUCCGUCGCUGCGCCCGCUCCUGUCGCCGCUCCUGCGCCCGAGCCGGCACCUGCAGCACCUCCGCAGCCAGCUUUGCCGGCGGGCGAUAUCGACGUCGCGAUGGACGACGACGCGGUCUCGGUCGGAUCAGCCGAGGCGCCUGCAGAAGACGAUGGAGGCGACUACAAGCCUCGCGUGUACUCGGCUCCUUCGUCGGGCAAGCGAGGCCGCAAGUCGGACACGGGCGCGUCGAGGCCGAAGAAGGUCCGCCAGCACAACCUGACGAGCGGGACCUUCACCAUCCCGCAUGUCGCGCGCAAUGCGGAUGGAUCGCCUCGCUUGCCGCUCUCGCUCGGGAUCAUCCAGGUUCGCGCUCUCGGCGCUAUCAACCCCGGCGAGUACUUUCACACUGAGCGCUACAUCUUCCCGGUCGGCUACGAGUCUACGAGGCGCUACCCGUCGAUGAUCGAUGCGAACGCUCACGCCGACUACACCUGCCGCAUCGUCGACGGCGGCAACAACAUGCCCCUCUUCGAGAUGUACCCCUCCGACCAGCCGGGUGUCGUCAUCACCUCCGGCACGCCCACCGGCGCCUGGACGCAGGUUCUCAAAGCGACGAUGAAGAUCCGCAACAAGCAGCACUCGGGCUCGGUCUCGGGUCCCGACUACUUCGGCUUGUCGAACAAUGUCGUCAAGGCGCUCAUUCAGGAGUUGCCCGGAGCCGAUCAGUGCGCGGGCUACAUCUGGCAGACGUUUGUCGAGGAGGACGAGAAGAAGGGAGCCGCGAAGAAGCCUGUCAAGCGUCGUCCACGGGCUCAGGCAGGCUACGAGGGCUCGCCGGACGUCGAGGACGGCUAUGCGAACGGGCAGUACGGCUACGAGAAUGGCGGCGGCGAAUACGGUUCGCCAGUCGAGUACGGUCAGCAGCAACAAGCCGACAUUCCGAUCGGCGCCUACCCGCAGCAGGACUACCAGCCGCACAAUAUCCAGCAUCUCCUCGCCGCGACCGCCUCGACUUCGGCGCCGAUGAACCCCUACGACAUCCCGACGAGCGCGGCACCUCAGCCGGGCGGACCGAUCGACCCUUACCUCGGCAUGGGCGGCGGUCAUUCCGCGCCGUUCGACCCGUACGCCAUCCCGACGACGCAGCCGAUGAUGGAUCCGGCGUACGGCGGAGGAGGGAACGCGUACGCCUACAACAUGCCGCCUGGCGGGCAGCCCGUCGAGUACCCCUCUUCCGACGAUGGUUCAGCCUAA